UAUUUGGAUAACUGAGCAAAUUGACGACGCAGAAGUGGAAAAGGAAUUAUAUUUUGCCUGUGAGCAAUAUUUGAUUCAACAAGAUUCUGAGCUCAUUAACAGUCAAAGCGAAAACAAAGAAAAUCUUCAAGAAAAGGAAGAAGAGGUGUUCAUGAUUAAUAUUAUGGAAGAAGCACCAGAUGAUGCUGAGGCAGAAAUUGCUCACACAAUUUGUAACUCUCAAGCAUACGACGAAUGGCAAUCAGCCUGUGAACGUUCUGCGACCUGGAUUAGUCAAAAAUGUAAUAAUAACUCUGAAGUGGAAACAGAAUUGUAUUCUGCCCCAGAUUAUUCUCGUAGACUUAUUUCAUCUCAGGAAAAUGAUGGAUCAUUCUCUCUUCACGAUUUAAUCUCUGAACAUCUUCAGAUUUCAGCAGCAUAUGAACAGCAUAGAAAUAGAUCAUGGACAUAUGAAAAUGGCCUUGGACCGCUAGGUGAAUCUAUUAAACACUACGUUUGCAGCCCACGUCUAAAACGGUGUGAUGCCUUCAUUUGGAAUACAGCAUUUACAAUUAUAUACUUUAAUAUCGUGUUAAAUAAAUAUGAAUCCGAGUGGCGAACUUCAUGUGAGCGCGCCAUAGCAUGGAUAUCUGAACAAAUAAAUGAUUCUGAAUCAGAGAAAGAAUUGUACUAUGCGUGUGAACAAUACUUAUUUGAACUAGGCUCUGAUAUUCUUGAUAAUGAUACCGAGACCCAAACAUGUCAGUAUACCGAAACAAUUUGCACAAAUUCCAUUCAUUAUGGAUCUAAUUAUGGGAUACUUUCAUCCAUUGAUAUGAAAAAUUCCAAUAGUUGUGAAAAUAUUAACAUAGAUAAAAGAUACGUAAUGCAAAAAUACGGCUUUACACCUGAAG